AGUAGGUGUGUGGAAGAUGACCUGACGCUGUUGUCGCUAACGUGUGAGACGGUGAACUAGUUUAAUUCAUUUCAUUGUUUUACUAACGUGGAGUUAGUGCGGUUUAACCCGCUUUGGGAACAUUCCCCUGGUUCACCCAGUCACCCGGCUGGGAGAGCUGGCACACGGACACCGAGGACAACCGGGGACCGGUGCCGGUAGUUAGCCUGUUAGCUCCCGAGCUAAUAGCAUGGACCUGUUCGACGACCUGCCAGAGCCCACACAGCCCGGAGGUCCAGUUACUGCAGCACGACCACGGGCCGGCACCGAGGAAGAAGAGGAUGAGAAAGAGGAGGAGGAGGAGGAGGAGAGAAGAGCAAAACGAAAACGAGAAGAUGCUGAGAGUGAAGCUGAUAAAAAAGAGGAACAAGGGGAGAUCAAGAAAGUUUGUAAAGAAGGCCUCCCUGUACUGAAAGGCUAUGUGGCGGCGAGGCGUGGUGAACGGGACGAGAUGCAGGACGCUCAUGUUCUGCUGCCGGACAUGAGCAGCUGUCUGUCUCUGCCUGGACAAUCGUCUCGUGUUUCGUACUUUGCUGUGUUCGAUGGUCACGCCGGGGCUCGAGCUUCUCGAUUCGCUGCAGAGCAUCUCCAUCACAAUCUGGCCAACAAGUUCCCGAGCAGUGAGUUAAGAGCAGACUCUGAAAAUGUGGAUAAGCUGAUAAAGAAAUGUCUCCUGGACACUUUCAGACAGACGGACGACGACUUCCUAAAGAAAGCCUCCAGCCAGAAGCCGGCGUGGAAGGACGGCUCCACAGCCACAUGUGUGCUGGUGGUGGAUGAUAUGGUGUAUGUGGCCAAUCUCGGAGACAGCAGGGCGGUGUUGUGUCGGAUGGAGGCGGCGGCAGACGGACAGAGGAGGUCGGUGACCCUGGCUCUGAGUAAAGAACACAACCCGACCAUGUACGAGGAGAGGAUGAGGAUCCAGAGAGCAGGAGGCACCGUCCGGGAUGGCAGAGUGCUGGGUGUCCUCGAGGUGUCCCGCUCCAUCGGAGACGGUCAGUACAAACGCUGCGGAGUUAUUUCGUCCCCCGACCUGAGGAGGUGUCAGCUCACAGCCAAUGACAGGUUCAUCAUUCUGGCCUGUGAUGGUUUGUUCAAAGUGUUUUCUGCUGAUGAAGCCGUUAAAUUCGUCCUCAACAUCGUGCAGGAGGGAAGUGGAGAGCGGAGGGCGGGGCUGACGGAGGAGGAGGUGCAGUUUGAAGCUGCCUGUCAACAGCUGGCCAGUGAGGCGGUGAGACGAGGCUGCGCCGACAACGUCACCGUGAUCCUGGUUUCUAUCGGCUUCAGAGCAAAAUCAUCAUCAUCAUCAUCGUCUCAACACACACAAUUUGAUUGACACAUGCAUGGUGGACCCUGACACACACACACACACACACACACACACACACACACACACACACACACACACACACACACACACACACACACACACACACACAC